GAAGUUACGAAAUCAAAAUAAAGAACCGAGCUUUACCCUGGAGAUAAGCUAAAAGCUAGCAAGCUCCCAGCUCCGAACCUCGGUAUUAUCGCGUAACAUCUACUCCCGACCUUGCACCUUAUCCAUGUUCACAGGUAUCCAUCCAUCCAAAUGAACAAAAACUCGAAUUAACUUUAUUUCUCGUCUCUCCCCGUACAUCUUUCCAAACUUACACAUAUAUCUUUUCUACAUACCCAAAUCUAUAUAUCUACAUCUACAACACCCAGCAUGUCCGAAAUCAGCGGGAUACCACCCGCCGAAACCUCCCCCGCAUCUGCUCUCCCUCUCCCCAUCCCCACACCUCCUCCCCCACAGAUUCCCACACCACAGGCGCUGCAAAGCUGGCUGCCCUUAUACCUCUCCAAAACCGACAGCGUGCUCACCCACCUCUCCAAGCUCCUGAGUACCCCCUCCGGAACCGAUGUUCUUCUCUGCACAAUUGGCUACAGUUCCCUCCUGACCUCCAACCUCCUUUCUCGUCUCUCCCUCCAUCAAAUCCGUCAAGCCGCUCGUCUCCUGAUCGAAAAGGCCAUUGCGCUUCCUCCUAAUACUACCAUCGUGCUCUCACCUUCUACUAUUCCCGUGCCCAGUUCUCGAUUAUUGCUAUUGGCGACUCGAUUCAAGGCACUGAGUGCAUUGAUAUCCGACUUUAGAACAUUUGGACGUCUUUGGGGACUCCUCGCGAUUUACAAAUGGGCAAAAGCGACGUGGAACAGUCCACCUGAAGAUACAUUGAUUAGAAAGAUUGUACAGAUCCAAGUACUUGCAAAUCUAUGCUACCAAGUUUUGGAAAAUGGCGCAUAUCUCAGUUCCAAAAACAUACUCUCUUGGGAUAAAACUAAGCAGGCGAAAGCGGGGAUCUGGAGUGUGAGAUGUUGGAUGGUACACGUGGGACUUGAUAUUGUGAAGUUGGGAAUCGAGUAUGGAAGAAGAGACAAGGAGGAGGCGGAGAUGAAGGGAGAGAAAGAGAAGGAACAUAGAGAGUGGAUGGAGAGGUGGAGGAAGAGUUUAAUUGUCAAUUUGGCUUAUGCACCAUUGACUGUGCAUUGGAGUUUGGAAGGAGGUUUAGUGACAGAGUUCUGGGUUGGAUUGUUAGGAACUGUGGCAGGAGGAACAAGCUUGAGAUAUUUGUGGAAAAAUACUGCAUAGCUAAGUUGUGGAGGCGAUGGAGAAAGAGUAGAAUAGGAUGAUGGUCAAAUUGGAAGAAUAAUCGAAGAACAUGGCUACGACAAUGCCAAAAGGAGGAAUCGGGUUGAAGACGAUAAUAUGGAAACAAGUGCUUACUUACAUCCAAUGCACUGCAUGUAGUAUGUAUACAAACAUCCUUCACACAUCACAAACCUCCAUGAGCAGAAGAUAUGCCAUACACAAAACAUACCCACCAGCAACAUCGCAACAAACUUUCAACCCACGCACCAAGCAAACCCCAUCUCCGCAUUCUCAUCUUACAGCUUCUCCAAUGCCCCAAUCAUCCUCCAACAAAAUUCCCUCACAUUACCAUUUUUCCACCCUGCAUCUUCCCGCGCUGCAUUCCCGGUGAAUAUCAUUCUCUCUCACUGGUAGGUGCAAUGAUAUCAUACCAUACUACUUCAUCACCGCUCCACUCACUCUAUUAGUGGUCCCAAGUAUUAUUUUAUGCCUAUCAUGUCAGUACAGAUAUGUGAAGAAAGAAAGAAAAAGAGCAAGCAAGCAAAAUCGGCAUAAAAAGGCGACCUGCAUGUAUCCUUCCACCACAGCACCUAUAUCCCACAGCAAACAUACCUACCAUCACCAAUCCCCCUAACAAUCCCCAACACCCAAUACCAAACCGCAAAAAACGUCGCACAAACCACAUCUCCAAGUCGGAGGAAAAGAAGAAAAAAAAGUGUGUGUUGGCAGUGGUGCGUGUGACGCAUGGAUGGGAGGGAGCAUUCAAUGUUGUAGCUACUACGCAUGCGUGUUAUAUCGUAUCGUGUCGUGUCGUAUCGAUCGCAUGGUAUUGAUUCAUAUCGAAUUAUAUCGAAAUCUAUCUAUCAUCUUGUACAUGCACACCUGUAUACCAAUCUCACCUACAUACCACACUGGACAAUCUCGAACCCUGGAAACCUAUCCAUCCAUCCACCCGCUCCUCGCCCAAACCAAAGACAGAAACGGAAACGGAAUACCCACCGCUCGGAAUUUUCUUUUCUUCCCACGCUUUGUUUGGUAUGGGUGUGUUGGAUCUGGAUGGACUGUUGAUGCUCUUUUUUUAGGGGGAGGGGAGGGGAGAGAGAACCAAAAAAGGAGAGAGAGAGAGAGAGAGAGAGAGAGAGAGAGAGAGAGAGAGAGAGAGAGAGAGAGAGACUGUACUACUACAGACAUACAUGUAUAUCAAUAUAUAUAUAUAUAUGCAUACAAAUCCACACACAAAUCCACAAACCAUUAACCGGCCAUUCCUCUUCCUAAGAACCUAGCAUAUACCAAUAUCAAAUACUCUCUCCGUAUAUCCAUCCACCCAUCCAUAAAUAUCCAAAACCUUUAUUUACAUUCUCCUAUCCA